UCUCUUGUUUUGCAAAGUGUCGAGUUGUCUUAUCUGUUUUAGUUCUGAUUUUAAUUCGUAUUGCUAAAUUAUUGUCAGAUCUGUUGCCUUUGUAGCGUUUGUUAAAAAAUUCAAAGUGGAGCUGGAAAAGGAAGAACUCAAAAUCAUGGAGGAAAUGAUGGAGACGGUGGUAGCGCAGGAGGAUUUUGAUCACAAUGAGCAAAGAUAUCUUCGGGAACUCGAAUUGGAUGGGCGUGCAAGUAUAGAAGCUAAGUUCGGAUAUGCAUUUUGCCUGGUCAGAUGCGCUCACAAGCAGGACAUCGCUAAGGGUAUAGAAUUACUGGAGGAAUUAAUGGAACAACAUCACGACGGAAGACGAGAUUACCUUUAUUAUUUGGCAUUAGGGGAAGCACGCAUGAAAAACUAUUCUCUUGCCUUGAAUUAUUGUAAAGUUUUCUUGGAAAUAGAAGAUAAUCCACAAGUACGGUCUUUAGAGGAGUAUAUUCAAACGCGAUAUGACAAAGAUUUAAAGAAGGGUCUGGCAGUGGCAGGCGGAGCUGUGCUUGUGUUGGGCGGUAUUUUAGGCCUCGGCAUGGCGCUUGCAAAAAAUAAAAACAGACGUGAUAAAUAAAUAAUUAACGAGCGAGGAUAACGAAUGACAUCUUAUAAUAAUGAAGCCAAAAACUUGUUGAAACUAACUACAUAUAUGUGUAACAUAAUGGUUACACGGAUUUAUUCUGGAUCUGAUUUUUGAAAUAUCGUAGAGUAAAUAUUAGUGAGUUCUGCCCAACACUUUCUCAAGAGUACGUAUGGCCAAAGGAAGACUUUAUAAGACUUUUUCACAAAAUUGCGUCAACACAUCCAUUCAGUCUUCGAACAUAUCGAUUGUCUUCGUUGCAUCACCGAACGCUUAAAAAAGUUUCGAGAAAAUAACAACGAUCUUUGUUAAGUGCAUAUCUAUUUUUAUUAAUUCUCACUGAUGAAAAAAUAAUACGUUAAUAAAAAUGUUUAGUCGAACUUUAUAAAUUAUAUCAGAAUUUGGCAAAUAGGAAUAUAUUUAAAAGGAGCACUUCGACACAAAUGAAUAAAUUACGGUCAGAAUUUUACACAAUCCAGGACCAUAACGGUCAAGAUAUUUAUAAUACAAAUUAUUUGACCCUUAAAAUUCUACUUCUAUUUUUUCGACCGAGAAUAAUCGUUAAUUUUAGAUAUUUGUUUUUAUCGAACAUAUUUAAUUAUUUUCAGAUUUUUUUAGAUCAUACAAGAUUCAACGCGCUCAUAUGAAAGCAAAAAUAUGUAUAAAAUUUAAUAUCAAUACUGAUGGUCAAAAAUGAUGGAAUAAAUAAAAAUCCAAAAUAAGGUUUAUUUUUUAACGAAAAAUUUAAAAUAAAAAAAUAACGUUUAAAUAUGACCGAAAAAAUCUAAAUAACCAAAAUAAAUAUGUUCGACCCUUGCCAUAAUUUACUUAAAGCUUUCUGAAGUACAUAUGGUUCAAUAGAAUCUUCAAAGCAAAGUAACAUUUAUGAUUUAUUUACUGAGGCAACGAAAAUUCGAAGUUUUGAAGUUACGACUAAACAUUGUCUGAUGAUGGGUCACGAGUUCUAAAAAGCAAAAACUUGCGCUUUUUAUGUGCUAAAAGGCAGGGAACGUUUUUAAGGCGUAUUUUUUUUUUUUUGUAAAAAAAUUGGUUUGUGAUUGCUUAAUCUUUGUAUUUAGCCCAUUCUUAAGCUAUGUAUGUAUGAAUAAAUUGCAUGCAGGUGUUCUGAUUAAAGUCCAAUUGUUACGGAUGGCAACCGAACUUCAGUUGGGUGGUCAGUGGCUGAAAUGGUAUUAAAAAUGGCAACUGGCAACUGAGUUGCUAUAUUGGUAACUACAUUUUUGUGGUUGCCAUGGUAAUUUUGAUUGAGAUAACUAAUUUCUUUUUUAAACUGUUUCUUCAGCUUAUUUAGACUCAAGUGUUAGUUGCUAGUUCUUCAAAAUAUUACUACCUUCAACUAUAUAGUACUUAACUAUAGCUGCCAUUCAUAAUAAAAAUUUCCAUUUCAGUGGCGUUGCCCAACUUAGGUUGCGUUGCCAUCCAUAAUCAACCGAUGUGAUAGGUAUGUAGUUGCAGUUGUUAAUUGCCUUGUUUUUAAUCUUAAACUAAUAUGUAUAAUAAUUGCACAUGUUUACAAUAAAAAGUAGAAAAUCCCAUUCGUAUAAAUACAAAAAUAUACAUAAGUAAAUGCAUCCGUUUCCAAAAUUUAAGCAUCUUUAAUAAAUAUCGUUGAAUUUA